AUGGGUCAAGUUGAAUUACAACCAGAGGAUAUUGAUGAAUCCAUUACAGCCUUACAAGGAGCUUUAAAACGGACAUGGUGUGCCUUUUGUGCUACGACAAGUAUACAUGGACUGAAAUAUGCACGCGAUGAAGAUACCAAUAAAUAUAUAAGGUUCCUCUGGUACCUCAUCACGGUGAUUAUGUUCAUCUGUGCCAUUGUCAUGGUGUUUACCUUCUAUGUGGAUUAUCGCAGUAACCCUACACGCAUGAAUGUGGAAAAUGACCACGCUCCAAUUGAUAGCAUUUUGUUUCCGGCCACCACCAUUUGUCCGGAGGUCUUUAAUAAUAUUGAAAAAUCAAAGGCAUAUUUGGAAACCCUAACUAUCCCUGGUAACACCACAGUUUCGGAACUUGUAUCACUCUUGGGCAUCGAUUAUGGUUUCAUGUAUGAUGAUCGUAAUUAUGCUGCACGAGAAUUGGAACUAUUCGAUGAGCUAUUGGAACUUAAUGAUCUGGAUAUUUUAGAUUUUGCCAGAAAUAUGGCAUGGAAUUGUAAUGAUUUGAUAUAUAAGUGCAGGUUCAAGGAUGUCAUUGUACCCUGCGAUAGUCUCUUUUAUAUUUCAUCAACAUUCAAUGGAUUUUGUUGUGCCUUUAAUCUGAAUCAAUCAUAUUACAGAGAAUUCAAAUUCCAAUUAGCCGCUGGUGGAUUCCAAAAUGGCCUCUCGUUAAUUCUCUACUACAACGAUGCCAUGUAUAAUAAAAUCAGCUCAUAUUCAAUUGGCUUUAAGGUUAUGAUUCAGGAAGCUAAUGCAUUUCCCAGUGCCCACUCGGCCAUAAAAUUCAUACCCUUAAACGAAGAGGUCUUCAUUUCAGUACGUCCCGUGGAGACCUUCUGUUCGAAAGCUGUUAAGGAUUUGACAUUUGAAGAACGUCAAUGCACAUUUCCCUAUGAACGUCAGCUAACCUAUUUUCGCAGUUAUGUUGCGGCAAAUUGUGAGCUGAAUUGUCGCGUUACAAUGAUGGUAAAAUUUUGCGGUUGUCAUACAUAUUUUUUCUAUAGCAAUCGUACAAAUGAUCGGAUAUGCACAUAUCGGGAUAUUCCAUGUUUGGUGGAAAAUUUUGCUAACAUAAUUGGCCGUUUGAAAAAGAAUCAAUGUCCAUGCGUGAAUAGCUGUGAAAAGGUGGAGUAUAAUGUCCAGGCUACCAGUGCCAAGUUGGAUUUAAAUAUCGAUUCUAUUGAUGAGUUCUACGACGGCCUUAAAAAGGAUUAUUCUGUAGUUCACAUUUAUAUGAAUUCGGAAGUGUAUCGGAGAGUUCGCCACGAUUUACUAUCGAAUAUGGUGACAUUGGUUUCAAAUUUGGGUAGUGCUUUCAGCUUAUUCGUAGGCAUGAGUAUGGUAUCCGCUGUGGAAAUUGUGUACUAUUUUACUGUUAUUUUGAAGAAAUUCUAUCGUCAGGAGAAAAAUGCCCGAGAGAAAUUAUUUAAUCGGAGAAAGGAGGAAGCAGAAUCCCGCGAAAAUGUUCAAAAUAAUUAA